AUGAAGGUUGCCCUCCUUGCCAACCCUGCACGAGGAGAGAUCAAUGUCCUCCUAGCGACGGCGUACGAGCUGAUCCGUCUUGGACACGAUGUAACCUUCCUCACCGGCUCAUCGUUCGCCAAUGCUAUUGCGGAAUUCAGGAGCGAGCAGAAUGAUCCUAUCCUGGCAGCACGAAUUCACUUUUCGGAUCUGGGCAACGCACGAGCCGUCGAAGACUUUACACGAGGCAUGCAAUCACAUCUCAAGGGCCUUCGAAAACCACCAGGCGACUACAGCAGCAUGGAGAUCUGCCAGAUUGUAGCUUUGGUAACAGAGCAAGAGUUUCGAGAUGCAGCCACAAUGGUCCGCGACCGCUUGCUCGAGAUCGAACCUGACAUGAUUGCUGUUGAUGCACUCUCCCCCAACCUGGUCACUGGUUGCCGAAUGACUGGCUUGCCAUGGAUGUUCACCGUUCCGUGCUCGCCAUCUCUCACAGCGACACGUAAGAGCCUGUUUGACCCACAUCCCAUGGGUCGUCGACGUCAGAGAACGUUGAUGUCCGCGCUCGAGAACCUCAAGCUCACCUUUAUUGAAACCUAUCGCAAUGCUACCAAGAAGGACCUUUAUGCUCGGCGCGCGCUCCUGAAAAACGAGUUUGGUCUUAACUCGAUGGGCUUCAACGGCGACAGUGCCAUUGUUCCGCCUCUGUGGAAGGACCGCAACUGCGUUGGAGGCAUUCAUUUCAACACGCCUGGCCUCACAGACUCGAUUCGACAACCCCACCAGAUUCAUUUCGUUGGAGCGGGUGUGACGAGCGAUCCCGAGAACCACGACACCCCGGUAUUCGAGGCAGCCAGCUUCUUAAAGCAGUUGAGUCCGUCAUCCUCGACCACGUUCAAGCCGUUGUUUCCUCCGCUAUCCAAGACUGGACGAGACUUGGACGUUGAAUGGAUGGACGAAGCGUACGCAGCUGGUCAGUUGGUGGUCUACCUUAACAUGGGAAGCAUGUUUUUGUGGACCGACGCCGAAGUGCGAUCGUGCCUGCGCGCGUUUGAGCGACUGUACGAGCAGAGCGGAGGCAAGAUCAAGCUCUUGUUCAAGCUCAACAAGCCGAAACGUACGCCCAACAACACGGGAGCCUCGACACCAACCGCGCCCAUCUCGUCGCCGGACUUUGAAGAGAAGCAGCGAACCGUGAUGGGAUCCGCGCGUCCUGUCGGAGCUUCAAACCUGGUCUCGGAAAAGCUUGCUGAUGCGAUUAAAAACGUAACGCCUCGACGCAAGACGGAUGCCGACAAGGGAUACUCUCAAUUUACGCUCUCUGAGUUUGAGGGUCUCGAGUACGUGCGCUUUACCAGGUGGGUUCACGACCAGCGCAGUAUCUACAAGCACCCUGCGCUCCGAGUUGUGAUCCACCACGGCGGCGGUAACUCUUUCAACGAGGCAGUCCACUACGCUCUGCCCCAGAUGAUUCUUUCGCAGUGGUUUGACACGCACGAGUACGCCAUCCUCGCCGAGCGCUUUGGUAUUGGGCUGCGUAGCAAGCACGCUCCUAAGAUCGAUGAGAACGACUUGGUCAAUACCAUGACUCGUCUGCUCCAAGGCCCAGAGGCAGAAAAGAUUCGACGCAACGCAAAGGUGUGGUCGAUUCGAAGCCGUAACGCUGGCGGUGCACCUGCUGCUGCUCGUCUCAUUGAGGCGCAGGCAAUGCUGUUCAACCAACAGAAGCAGCUCGAACUAGCUGCCUCGGAGGUCCGUGCCGCCGUCGACACGCUUUCAGGCAAGUCGUCCGUGGCAGAUCUGGAGAGCGAGACUGCUUUUACCCCGAAUAUGUUGUCUGGCGCCGCUUCCACUGUUGGGAGCGAUUGA